AUGUCAACAUGUAAUUAUAUAAUCCAAUCCAUUAGUAUACAACAAAUAUGGAUUCUAAGAGAUUUACAAAUCUUCCAGUAAUUCAGAUGAGAGUGAUGAUAUUAUCAUAGUAGAACCUCUUGAUGAUAAUUAGCAAGCGUAAUUUUCUAUUGAUCUACUAUUAGGAUUAACAAAUCUAAUGUACUCUAUUUAACAGCCUAAAAUUAAUCUAAUCCAACAUCUUCUUAUAUUAACAGACCAAUCAAUCAAUCAGUAGUGUCUUCAAAGAUUUAUUCCUAAAUUAUGCCAUCUAAUCAACCAGAACACAAACCUUAUUUGUAACAAUCAUAAAGAGCAGUCUAUGAUCCUACUAUUUCUGUUCCUAGAAAAUAUGAUCCAAAUCUUUUUUAACGUGCAUAAUAACAAUUAUCAUAACCUAAAUCUAAUACUAAUCUUUAAUAACCGACAAUGAUUGAACAUUAACCAAGAAUUACAUAAUCAAUAAUAAAACCAACUGAAAAGUCAUUUCAUAAUAAUUAUGAUACAUAAUAAAGAGACAAGAGCUUUAUAGAAUAAUAUCAAGAAUAUGAAGAAGAAGAUGUACUCUAAAAUUAAGAUCAAUUAAAAUCUUCAUAUAAAUAAUAAUCAGUUGCAGAUUUACCUAUUGAAAGAAAAUAAGCUAAUUCUAUAAUUCCAAUUGAUAAAAAGAGUAAUCUAAAUUAAUAGCCUGUUCCAAUUAGAGAAUCUAAGGCUCCUGUUUUAACAGAGAAGGAUAAAUAAUAAUUGAUUGCUAAUGCUAAAUAAUAACUCUUAACUUUAGAUUUAUUAUAAUCCAAAUUAUCAACUCAAAAUUACUCUGGUUAAGAUAUUUGUGAGAUUGUGACUAUCUAAAAGGGAACAAUUAAAUUGCAUUAAGAUUUAAAUCAUAUUUUAAGUCAUGAUCGUAAUUCAAUUGUCUUAGUUGGAGUUAUUGGAUAAAACAAAUCAGGUAAAAGCACAUUACUUAAUGAAAUUGCUCAUACAUCUAAUAAAUAGAAAUUUGGAAACAAUGGUAUUUGGAUGUUAUCAAAACCAUUAGUAAUAGAAUAGAAAAGCUAUUAUUUUAUAGAUUGUUAGGGUACUGAUAAUUAAUUACUUUAUGCAUUUGUUAUGUUAUGUUCUUCAACAUUAUUAUAUAACACACUCAAAUUAGAUGAUAAUAGUAUUUAGUGUUUUCCUGUACUUGAUACAAUACUAAGAUUAUUAAUCAAUGAAUAUGCAAUUAUGCAAUUAUUACCAAAUUUUAUAUGGGUUUAACGUGAUACACUUUAAGCUCGUUCUAUUAUUGAAUUACAAGAAUUCCUUGUAAAAGCUAAUAAAGGUUAAUAAUUUGAAAAUUUGAUUAGAUAAAGGGAUGUAGCUUAUAUAGCUCCUUAAGGAACUUCAGAAUAUUAGACUUCAAUUUAAUAAUUGAAGGAUAGAAUUAUUUUAGGAAGUGUUUGUAAAUAAAUUAACAGUUACAAUCUUAAUGGACCUUUAAUGUAUUUGUAUAUGGAAUAAAUUGUUGAUCUACUUAAUAAACCAAUCUCUUUGUAAUUGGAUUAAUUAUGGCUAUCAAUUUGUGAGGAUUAUACAAAAGCUAUAUAUAAUUAAAGUUUAAUUGGUUUUGUUUAAUAAGUUGAAAAUUGGAUGAAAGAUAAUUAGAAAGUUGAUGAAAUAGAGAUAUAUAAAUAAUUUAGAGAUUUCAAAGAUAUUUCAUUGUAAUAGAUAUUUCCUGCUUGUUUUUUAAAUAAUAAAAAUAGAAUAUAUUAACAAUACAAAAAAAAAUUGUAGGAAAUAUUAGUAUCAAAAGAGAAAUAAGCUUUAUAAUAUUGUCUAUAUACAAGUUAAUGUGAAAAUGAUAAUGUUUUGAACAAAAAUAUCAAUAAAAUAAAUUUGAAAGAUAUUGAUUCCUUUUCUUAAUCAUUCAAUAAUAUGAUUGAUUAAUUAUAAAAAUAAAAAUACUAAUUUUAGCAAUGUUCUACAUUUGCAGAAUUCUUAUAAAGAAAUUAUAAAAAAUUUAUAGAAGAUUUAUUUUCUAAAUAUUAAAAGAUAUUAGCAAAUACAAGUGAAGAACAAUAAUUUAAUUUGUAAUAAUCAAAAUUAUAGGUAUCAAAUAAGGAAGAUGAAUUAAAAAAGAAAUAAGAAUAAGUAAUCUUUUUAGAGAAAAAAAGGAAUCUUUUAAUUAAAGAAAUUUAGGAUUUAUAAGAGUAGAUUAAACUUGAAAGAGAAUCAAUUCAAAAUGAUAUUAGAUAAUCUGAUUAAGGUCCUAGUGAUGAUUAAUUAUUAGAAUUGAAAUAGAAAUAAGCUUAAAAUAAAUAAGAAAUCUAAGUUUUAAGAAAAUAGGUUUAAGAAGCUGAACGUAAAAAGAAUGAAGAAGGAUGCAAUAUAUAAUGA